AAUUGCAGCCAGGUCUCCUCGCUUUUGAUUGGCGGAGCGGGAGCUCUGGUCUUCGCUGAUUGGUGCAGAGGAAAUGUGCCCCAUAGCCACCCGCGGGGUGUUCUGUUUCAGGCGUGUGUCAGUUUCCCGCCAGCUGUAAGUCUUGCGCCGCCGUCAUGGCGGACAUAAUGGAGUUGCCGAGGCGGCGCGUCAACGCGAGCAUGCUAGCUCAGUUCAUCGACCGACCUGUAUGCUUCGUAGGGAGGCUGGAAAAGAUUCAUCCCACUGGAAAAAUGUUUAUUCUUUCAGAUGGAGAAGGGAAAAAUGGAACUGUUGAGUUGAUGGAGCCUCUUGAUGAAGAAAUCUCUGGAAUUGUGGAAGUAGUUGGAAGAGUGACAAACAAGGCAACUAUCAUGUGUGCAUCUUACAUCCAGUUUAAAGAAGAUAAUCAUCCUUUUGAUCUUGGACUCUACAAUGAAGCUGUGAAAAUUACCCAUGAGUUCCCUCAGUUUUUUCCUUUGGGGAUUGUGCAGUAUGAUUGACCUUGAUGAAUUUUUUAUGAUUGUGAAAGAUCUACAUUAAAGACUAUUAAAAGGAGGCUUCUGAUGUUUGAGGGAGAAAUCUUUGUGAUUUCUAAUAUUUAAUUUGUUCUUUUUAAAGUUCCAUUUACUUAACCAUAGAUACUCCAAUCCAGUCUUUGGUGAAACUGUUAUAUUGACAUUUCUCACCUAAGGAGUAAUCAUUCUCUUAUAAAGAAUCACUUUUCUAGUGUACAGAUUAGAUCCAGAGCAAAACAAUUGUCUGAAUUUAGUUUUGUGUUUUAUUAAUAAAAAUUAAAACAGAAUAUACUGUUGGUUAUUUCAUUCUUAUUCUUUUAGUCAUGUAUUCAAGCGCAAACUUGGAAUUUCUAAGCUAUAAGGUCAGGACUUAGACCUACCAGUGUGAAACCCUGGGCCUGCUCUGUUAAGGAUGUUCUCUCUAUUUCACAAUGCUGUACAAUGUUGUUACUUCCUUGACAGUCUAUGUAAAAGUGGUUUUGACUGAUUAGAAAGAGCAAACAGAAUCCUAUAUCUUUGGGGGAUUUUAAAACCGAUUUUACAAAGUGUCGAACAAGGAUACAUGAUCAUUAAAACAUGAAAUCAUUUAAUUUUUUUCUCUUUCUUUCAACUGUCAUUAUGUAUAUUAAGGAAUUCUGUUUACCACCAAGUAAUGUUGCUGAGAAACGCAACAUUUCUCAGUGUAGGAUCGCGCAAGAUGCAGAACUGUGGUGACCUGGGUAGCCAAUUAGAUUUCAUGGCUUGAUCCAUUCUCUUUAGUUAGGAAAUAAGAUAAUUCCAACUCCAUUUAGAUUGUAAAUUAUACCAAACAAUACUUAUUUUAAAUUAACAGAAUCUUAAAUUUCAACUUUUAUUAUCCUAAAAUACUCUGCGUAUUAUUUAAGGGGCAUUGCCAUAGCCACUUAUUGUAAAGCAUUUUAUUAUAGGAAGUGUAGACGAUUAUAGUUUAAAAUACGAUGGGAGGUCUGUGUGUGUGUGUGUGUGUGUGUGUGUGUAUGAGGGACAUCAGCCAGUCUCCAUAACACAGUGCUGUCUUCGGUGACAGAGAGGCGGUCCAAUCGUUAAUUCUGUGUUAACCCUUGACAGCUAAGUGCUGUUAAAUGUUGAAGAUGCCCUUCAAACUAUCCUUUGAGCUACCCAAGUUUCAUAAUUAGACUAAAUGAAUAGGGUAUCUUACUUCAAAUGAAUCUCUUAUGCUAAUGAUUUAUGGUGCUAUGUCUCUACCCCCAACCUCUCUUCUAAGCAGCUCAACAUCUGCAAUUGGAUGUCCCACCAGUAUUUCAAUUUGAAUGAGUGUAGUUGGUUCUCCUGCCCUAUGUUCCCUGUUUCUUUUUUUGGUAACAGCUUUAUUGAGAUAUAAUUCCCAUAUUAUACAAUUCACCUAUUUAAAAUGUAUAAUUUAAUGGGCUUUAUUGUAUUCAGAGUUGUGCAACCAUCACCACAAUCAAUUUUAGAACAUUUUUAUCACUGCAGAAAGAAACCCGGUACCAUUUAUCCAUCACCAUCCAAUUGCCGCAUUCUCCCCCCAUACCCUGGCAACCACUAAUCUGCUUUAUGUCUUUAUAGAUUUGCCUGUUCUGGACAUUAUCUAUAAAUGGAAUCAUACAAUAUGAGGUCUUUUGUGACUGGUUUCUUUUACUUAGCAUAGUUUUCAAGAGCCAUCCAUGCUGUAGCAUGUAUCAGUACUUUAUUCCUUUUUAUGGCUGAAUAAUAGUUCAUUGGAUAGCUAUUUGGGUAGUUUCCACCUUUUUACUUAUGAAUAAUACUAUAAUGAAUAUUUGUGUACAAGUUUUUGUGUGGACAUUAUCCAAAGGUAACAAUGUUUAACUGUUUGAAGAAUUUUAUUUUUCAAAGUUGUUGCAUUAUUUUACGUUCCCACCAACAGUAUAUAAGGAUUCUAAUUUCUCCACAUCCUCACCAACACUUAUUAUUUGACUUGUUGAUUAAAGCCAUCCUAAUGAGUAUAAA